AUGAAGAGAAUCAUCGUUAUUUUACUCGUAUUCGCUUUCUGUUUUGCACAAGAACAGAAGAAAAAAUGUGGAAGAAAUGAGCAAUGGGUUGGCCCGUGUGCGUCGCGUUGUGAGGGAACUUGUGAACAACCUGUCCCAGAAGUGUGCACACUGGAGUGCUAUCAGGGCUGCAAAUGUAAACCAGGUUUCGUUCGUCACAACAGGAAAUGUAUCAACCUCAAAAAUUGCCCGAAAGUC